UCGAGCGUCUCUUAGCACCUCACCUUGCUUGUCUGUUCUCUGCUGCGAGGCUCCACUAUGGACCCGGCUUCCCCCCCUUCCCCUCCUCAUGAAGUGAACGACAUCUUUUCUCUAUCUGACAGUGUACUAUCUUCUAAACUUAGGUUCAUCGAAGAGAUUGGUUUCGGCAACUGGGGAAGUGUUUGGCUCUGUAACCCCAAGAACAGUCCGACGUCGCACACUGCUGACGACUUCGACAGAGUGUUACAGCCCAAGAUCGCCGUCAAGCUCGUCCACCGCAACACCAAGAGCAAGACGACCGUCGCACGCGUCAAAUCACUAUGGAACGAGAUGAAAAUCAUCCGUACUUUCAAGUCUGAUCCACAUCCAUCGAUCAUCCCAUUCUACUCCUUCGUCAUUACACCUUCCUACGCGUUGAUCACUAUGGCAUACCUCCCCGCACUUGUCCCUGUGGAAGUUGACGAGUCUCAAGCUCGCGGCUGGUUCCGAUUCCUCUUAUCUGGUGUAGAAUUCCUGCACAACCGUGGAGUAGUCCAUAACGACAUUAAGCCAGCCAACAUACUGAUUUCUCCGAAAAAUAUUCCAGUCCUGGUUGACUUCGGCUUUGCAGAAAAAUAUGAUCCUGAUUCAGAUACGGCAUUUCAUAGCAAGGUUUCCUAUGGUACUCCAGAAUACCUGUCACCCGAACGCGCACGAGAGAUACCACACGAUUGCCGCAAGUCCGACGUAUGGUCGCUUGGUGUAACAUUCUUCGAGAUCCUUACGGGACGUACACCGUUCGAGGAAUGUGAUCAGGAACAGUUUACGACCAAGGAAGACCUCGAAAGGUAUUGGUCCAGAACUCUACGGGGAAAAUGGAUAGGCAGCUGGAGAAUGUCCAAGGGCAUGGAAAAACUGCUUCAUAGAAUGAUUGCUCCUAACGCCGAUUUGCGGUGUACGGCAUCGCAGGCAAUGCAAGACCCGUACUGGAAAACACGUAAAGAGGAAGACCCUCAACAUCGACGAUCUUCAAGCAAUACCUCUUUGCUUGUUUUUGAAAAGGACAUGUCGAAGCUACUUGAGUUCACACCAUCCAGAUCUCAGACAACAAAGGGCAAGGAGAAUCUGAAGAGCCCGCUAGCUCUAUUCUCGUCCAAGUCUCCGAAAGCCACUGACUCAGAUGGACAUCAUACCGUGGCAAGGUCGAAGUCUCAACCGAAGGUGAUCGCGUCGAAGAUUCAAACCUAUGCCAAGAAGCGCGUUCCAGUCCCUCCACUCACCGAUUUGUCCCCAAUCAAGGCUUCUCCACCGUCAUCACCGUCCGCUAAGCCGGUUUUACAUGCUAUUUCCCGGAACGCUGAUCCUAAUAAGAGUCGCAUACCAUUCGUUUCGCGCGUUCGUGGAAAUCCCCCCGUGCCCGCUCCAAUCAGAGCUGAUCCCCAUCGGGGACGAGUGCUUGGUGAUGUAACUGGUGCGAAUGUUAAUGCGGGUAACCUGAAGAGAGAAAAGGGCAAGGGCAAAGAAAAGGCAAACCUCGUAAAUCAACGUGUGAAGGACUGGGAGAAGCUGAGAGAAAUGUCGCGCUUGGAGGUCUCGGAGGAGGAAGUUGAGCGCGAGACGCCCUUUGAAAUAGCUGCUGGACGCCCUCAGAAGAGCCGCGACGGUGAUAAGGAAAAUAGAACAACUAUCAUUCCGACUCCUCCACCUUCGCGCAUCGCAACACCGUCUAUUCCUGCGAAUACAUCAUUUGGCUCCCCUCUCCUAUUCAAGAAGGACUCUACAUCGGCAUUAAAUGUAUUCAAACAUAGCAUCAAGUCAUCCAUAGAUAAAACGAUAAACUUAUGCAAGGCAUCGACGCUAGGCCAAGCUGCGGGAAGGAAGCGACCAAGCUGCUCGAUUGAUUUGCUGGACAACUCUACAGCCGCAGAGGAGUCUUGGGAUGCCUCGCGUCUGCUGGGUGGAGCUUCGGCCUCUACCCCUGCUUUACUGGCCCAACCAUCCACAGAAGACACACCUACAGGAAAUCAAGACAGGAUAUCGAUGUGGAUGCGCAACGUGGAGAAGGUUGUCGAUGACGCGAGACAGAAUUUCUUCCCCCCACCAGUUGUGUCACCACCUGGGACACCUAAGCCAGCUCCUUUACGCCCGUCUACGCAGAAUCGGAGCAAUCGUUCGUCGCGACUGCCUAGACGAGUUAUCCCAGCUAAUCAGAUCUUUGCUGAUGACCCAGAUCAUCUUCUGCCCAGUCCAACAAUGACGUCCUUUGUCACAUCUGGGUAUGACAUAUCCGUGCAAGCUGCUUCGAAUGUUGUAGACCAAGAGCUACCACUGGUUUGCACACCGACUAAGAAACGAAGGGCCACUGUGUCAGCGAGUUCCCCAGAAGCUUCUCUUGGCCAAUCAGGGUCCCCUGCUGAGCGCAAGGAGAAGAGCAGAUCUCAUGCAGAUCUUUUGCAGAUGCGUAUCGCACCCAUAUCAACGAUGGACGGAGCGCUGGUCAGGCGGAUGUCAUCUCCCUUGUCCCCGUCAUCCUCUAGGUCCGCACCAUCCCCCCCUUUGGAUAGAAACAUGUUCAUCGAUACUGCUUUAUCGAUGAAGUCUCUCGAUAGCGAGCAAAUUACUACUCCUAGUCCUAUCAGCAAGUCCUUUGAUGAGUUGACCUCAUCACCGCUACAUGUCGAGCCGUACCCUUCUCGCAAACCCAGCACUCAGAACGUCCCUGUUCCCGAUUCCCCCAAUCAACGCCGACUGGAAGGCGUGUAUGAUCGCUUCCUCAUGGCAACGUCCGGGGUGAAACGUCUUGGCAAGGGCUACCAGUCGGACAAUGCGGGCCCUGUCUACAAUACUGUUCAGGGCAUGGCUCGCCCAAAAUCAAGCUCUCGGCCGUUCACUUCGGUUCGUCGUACCCCGAUGCCCCCACCAGUUUCCAGCGAUGAUGUCAGGCGGGCUGCAUCCGUCGAUGAAUUAGGCUUUAUGACACAUGCUGCCACCCCCGCUACGCCUUCGACUCCUGCGCGCAAAGACGAAAGUCGAGUGACAAUGAUGCGUCGCGCCAUCAAAUCCUUCGUACCAGGGAAGUCGGUCUCCCGACGACUAACACGCCAUCACGCAUAACUGAAUCGUUUCUCUCAUCCUCUCUCAUUUGUCUCUAUCUUUCACCUCAUCAUACGUGCCCUCUCUUCUUGAUUACGGCAUUCUGAACAUCGCUCUCUAUCCGUUAUGCUAUCGAGCUAUCUAUUCACUUACGACUGACCGCUUUAUUACGCGUUCAUGGGUUUUACGAUCACGCUUUUCGACGAAUUCAUGUUCUAAUGCUUUCUCGUUCAUAUUACAAAUUCUUGCUGCAACGUUUUGUAAAGACAUUGAUAGUGGUCCGUGUAUCCUUUACGUUCGCGAUGUACUUAUGCUCUCCUUUCUCGAAUCUCACUUGAAGAUGGCAGAUGGUUACUGCUGGCGGAAGCAAGUGGCGAUGUUGCGUUAAUAACUUUUAAUUGAGCC